AUGGAUCAAUCCAACUCUUGUAAUCGCGACCCUUAUUCGCCGUAUACAAAUGACUAUGUGGCUGUGGAUUACGGAAAUAUUUUUAAUUCCAUUCAAAACUUACCUGUAAGUGUAAACAAUGAAGGUAGAGAGAGUAAUUACAAUUUGGGGUCUCCUGAUGGUGAAACGAUACUGGACAUAUCUGGUUGCGAAGAUCAACCCAUACAGGAUUUAACAAAAUUGUUGAAGGAAUGGAAACAAGAAUUUCUUUUGGAGCAUUUUGUUCAACAAAAAGUAUUUGUCGAUGUGUUGAAGGUUAUUAAAUCUCAUCACCUUGAACGCCUUUUGAAAGAUUUCGAAAUUGGAAUACAAAUUGUUUUCGAACACAAUUUAGAACAGUGGAGACAGUCCAUGGGAGCACCAUUACUUUAUAGUGGAAAUACUUCAACACUAACUUCACCAUUAUCCCCAACUUCAUCGUGUAGUUCCUCCAGGGCGUCAUCACCCGCUCACGACUCGCGUGUAACACCCUACUGCAAAGAACAACCGGACAGUCAACCAAAUAUACCUUUAUCGACUAUAUUAAAUGAAACAACUAAAGGUGUUAUGCUUACUGACUUUUAUAAUAAGUUUUCGAAACUACAAGAAGAACAGCGUACAAUAUUAAUAACUUUAGUCGCACAAUUUCAUGAAGAUAAAGGCAUAGCGAUGACCCUUGCAGGAAGUUACAGAUUGGAACGAGAAAUUUUGGAAAGAUUUCCAACUGAGAGACUGGAAUACUAUCGUUCGAAUAAACGAGGACGAAUAUAUAAUAAAUUCUGUAAUUUGAAGAAGUCUGUGGGAACUGCAAUUGGAAAAUAUGUAUCAAACACCAAAUCCAAAAACCAGCCUGAAAAGAAGUACAGAUUAGAAAAAAACUUUGGUAAUAUAAUUGAAUAUCAAUUAAAAUAG